UGUAUUAAAAUUUAACCCGGGAAUAGGAAAGGACGCCGACAAAAACUUAUCCAGUAUUUACAAUAAGAGACACGGUAACCGGCGCUCGAGCUCUCUUUUUAUUCUGAUACGUGUUGGAAGCAGAAUUCUGUUGUACGGAAUUGACAUUGAAGUAUUAAGGAAGCGUGAAGAUUUGAGAAUGUGAAAUUGAAUUAAUACAUCUUCCACACAGGAAAUAAAUUCACACACACAUACACAUACACUUGCGUUUCUAUCUACGUUAUAUCUGGCUACCUUCACGCUAUAAUUUCGGCAUCUUUCGUGACGAUAAUUGCUCAAAGACGACCGUGAAAACAUGUACGCAAACGCGAUCAGUAAAGAUCCCUUGACUCGAACAGCAACCAAAUAAUUCAAAUUACAAGACAAUAAUUAAGAUUAUUCUGUACAACAAUGUGUGAUUAACAGAAACUUUAAUUUGUAAUAUGCCAUAAAUAUUAAAAAUUUUAUAACGGCGUAUUUAAAUUUUGCUAUUACACUCAAACGGUCACGAAUUAUAAACAUCUCGCUACGAUAUAUCUGGCUAUUUUCACACCAUAAUUUCAGCAUCUUUCAUGAGGAUAAUUGUUCAAAGACGACUGUGAAAACAUGUACACAAAUACGAUGAGUAAAAAUCUCUUGACUCGACCAGGUAUAAUUAAUAAUUACAGACGAGUCGUCCUUGUCAUUUGCUAAGUCCAUAAACCAGCAUAUCGGUUAUUGUCGAACAGAAGAAAAUAUUUUAACAUUAACCUAUACUUGGGAAAUUGCAAACUUCUGGGACUUAUGUCAACUGAUGCGUCCUAUUUAUACUGACUAUAUCGAGUCGCAAGACGUUCAAUUUGAGCUAAAUUUUGAUAGUACAAAACAAAAUUUGAAUUUGUAUCUACUUUCUCAUCAGAAGUACACGGGUAUAUGUCGCGUAUUUCUAAAGAACAAUGAACUAAACUUUUAUAAAACUGUAAACAAAGUAGAUGUAGCAAAUUCAGCAAUUUGUUUAUGCAGUAUACCUAUUAUAAUACUCGUGAAAAAUACAACAGAAUGCGUACCUAAUAACAUCCUUACAAUAUACAUUGAAUGUAAAUGGCACAAUGGUAUAUCAAAGAAAACUAUGUGCACGAAAAUAUCACAAGACUAUCUUAAAUUAUCAAAAGAUACGAAGGAGGCUGUUCAUGAUAAAGAAUCAGUUGUUACUUUUAUAAUAGGCGAUGAACGGCUCUAUGUAAACAAAAAUUUAAUAUGUGCAAAAAGCUCAGUUUUCCAGGCUAUGUUCAGUUCUGAGAUGAAGGAAGGUAUAUCAAAUGAGGUAAAAAUAACUGAUGUGAAAUACGACAUUCUAAAGUUGUUGUUAUCUUAUAUACAAUUUUGUUUCAUAGCUGAUCUUAAUGUAAAAGAUGUACAAAUGUUAUAUGAUCUGUUUAUGGCAGCCGAUAAAUAUGACGUACAAGAUCUUAAAAUGUUAUGUGAAGUGCACUUAAUAAAUUUAAUUAAUACAGAAAACUGUAUAGAAAUACUCACAAAAAUAUGUUUAAAUAAUACAAAAUAUUUAGAGAAAUAUAUUCUAGAAUAUAUCCAGAUACAACCCAAGUGUGUAUUUAAACAAGAACUGAUAAAAUUAAUUGAAACAAAUUCUAUAUCUCUUCUUUAUCUUAUGAAAUAUACUGAAAUUCAAACAGUACUUCAUUGCGAUACUGAAACUUAUAGUACAAUAAUAGGUCAAACACGAAAAAUAACUAAAGAAAACCAAGAAUAACUAAGAAUAACUAAAGUAAACCAACCAGAACCAAAAAAUCCUCAAAACCAUACUAUUAUAAUUGAAAUUAGCUAGGAGCAUGCUAAUAUGUAUUUUUUAACUUAGCGCUGGAGUUAUAGUUUCCUAAAAUACAGUAUCGAUUUUUUAAAGCUGGAAUUCUAGAAUGACAUAACCAAACUUUUUGAGCUAUUUGAUAUAUGACUAAUAUUAUAAAAUUACUCGAAUAUACAAUCUGUAAAUCCUCACA